AUGUCGGAUUUGCAAACUCCAGAUCAAAGUGGAAACAGUUCCGAUGCGGAGGAACCAGAUAUGCUGAGCUCCAUUGAAUACGACUUAGUCGAGCUUGAGCAAGAAACUAUACAACUGAGCUCGAUAAAUACUCCAGAAGAGGUUGAGCACAGCGGUCAAAUUUCGCAGUUAUACCGACUGGCAGGGUUGAUCUAUCUUGAGCGCGUUCUCAAGGACGCUCCCACAAAGGGUCGACUGGCGCGAUGGACUGCAGACGCCUUUCACAUCGUGAAACAAUUGGAUAUCUGCGAGCGACCAUUUCCUAUAUUCUUUGUCGCCUGUGAAGCACGCACCGAUGAAGAGCGCCAGGUCAUCCUAGCUAUCUUGGAAAGAACACAACAGCGAUCAAUUGGGAAUGGAUCAUGUCUGCUACAGCAGAUGAUAGAAUCCAUGUGGGUCCAGCAAGACCUAGCAUCCGACUCUGAAGAGAUGAAUUACGUCGAUGUGCUCAAUGCCACGAUAUCUUCAAGUGAAUUGUUGCCUACAUUGGCCUGA